AGUGAAGUAGUUUUUGAGAAAAAGUUUUAUGGGUAAGUCUUAAGAAUUUAACAAUUUUUUUUUAAUUCAGUUACGUAGCAGGUGAAAACUGUUCGGGUUAUACAUCGCAUAUAUAUUCCCUUGGUUAAAAGGAAAACACACACCAAAAAAGUAGAGAAGAGGAAGGAUUUUCCGACGUAUUGCUCGAAGAUUAUUCUUUUCAAGUUGAGGAAGAUUCACUGCCAAUGCUAGCUUGUACGCUGACUAAUUCCACGGGAUAUCUGUCACCUUCCACCAUCAACAUGUAUCAGCUUUGCAGUAAUUCUUUUGUGAGUGCUACCGACACUUGUCCAAUAGUAAUUCAGUGUAGAAGUUGGCAUUGAAGCUAUUAUCUUAAAUGGGUCGGGUUGCUUCAACUGAAUGCAACAGACAGGGACCAGAUUACUUUGGGCUUUUUGCAUCUGAGGUGGCUGAGUUAAUUUCUCAGGACGAAGAUUUUCUUCCAAUUUCAGAUCAGAUAUUUGAGAAAUCUGGGGAAGUAAAUGGUGUUGUUGAAGAAAAGAAUAGUAGUAUGAAUAGCUAUAUCGCCAAAGAGUUCAGAUAUACCGGUGGUUCUGCUUCCUUAUUUUCGGAUUGUUUUGGAGCUCAUGUUUCAAACUUCGGAAAGGAAAGAUUGAAGUUGUUGCUUCGGCAAAGUGUUGUUGCCCUUUCACAGGAAGUUGACGAGAUUCUGGAUCCUGUAUUUUCCAUAUGUCAGUUGCGGUCAUGCCUAAGGUAUAAAGAAAGUUUAUUAGCUGUACCUGGUCCUGUAUCUAACUCUGAUCAAGGGAACCAUCCUCAGAAGAAGCUCAAAGCAUCCCCUCUUUCAGAUUCAAAAAGAGAAGACUUGAAUAUCUCGCCAUCUAGAGGAGAUACGACGAAUGAUGUUAAAAAACUUGAAGGUGAACAGGUAAAAGAUUCCCUUGCAAAGAAGGAUCAAAAUGAUGGAGCAACUCCUGAAGACGGGGAUGUCCACAACGAUUUGCAGUUUUUGCUACAAAAUGAUAGCGCAAAGGUUGAGAGUCUGAUAGAGAAGCAUUAUGAUGAACUUGUAUCGACGCUUGGGUACAUGGAGGAGAAGCUUGAAGAACUUCUUGAUAUUGUUAUGUCGAAUUGCAGGUUAAUGACCUUUCCUGAAAAACAACACCUUCGGCAGUUGAUACGGGACCUUCCACCUAAGAAUCUUGAUCGUGUUGUCCAGAUUUUCUGCCGUGGCAAGCAAGUGGAGAGACAUUCCUGCAGUGAGGUGUAUGUUGAUCUAGAAAACGAGGACAAAGCAACACUGUGGAGAUUGUACUUCUACAUUGAAACAGUUGAAAAUGCGAAGAGACUUUGCGAGGUGUAAUGCUAGCUGGUAACAAUUGACAAGGCCCUUCCUUAGACUAUGGGUCCUGAUAGUUCUAUCAUGAAUCAGGCUGAUGGUUGGUUGGUGUAGAUGGAACUCAGCGUUGACACUAUCACAUAUUCAAUGUCUGUGUAGGGUGCCAGUCAGUUUUGAUGCCUUCGACAUGUAGACGAACUAGCUUUUGAUGAUUCAGGUAUCAACAAUUGUAAAUUGCCUCAUGGUUUGUUAUGCACCAGGUCAAACUUUGUCUUAAGUUACUGUUUUAUCUAGUUGAAGAGGUGUAAUUGAUGAGAGGCCAGUUUCAUACACUUUGAGAAGCUUGACAUUAUAAAUGCAAAACAUAGCAAAAUUCUGAUUUUAUAAAUAUAAACCUUUUAGAAAGAAGCCAGUGAAAAA